AUGACGUCCGCGGGCAUGGGGCACGUGUCCAGGCAGGAGCACGUGUCCGUGCAGGAGCACGUGUCCGUGCAGGAGCACGUGACCGUGCAGGAGCACGUGUCCGUGGAGUUCUCCAGCUCCAGUUCCAGCUCCCACGUGCAGAGGUUCUCCCAGACGACCAAGGUUGUGGGAGAGGAAGUCGUGUCCAGGAAGACCUCUGCCACGGUGGAGCACUUCAGGCUGGUGACCCACAGCUCAACCAUCCCCGAGGGGGAGAGUGUCCCAGAGUUCGUGGAUAAGCCGCACCCCAUCACCGCUGCAGAAGGAGACAAGGCCGUGUUCCGGGCCAGAGUGACGGGCAGCCCCAAACCCACCGUGACCUGGAAGAGAGAGAGCGGGCUCCCCAUCAAGGAAAGCGCCAAGAUCUUCUACGACAGCAUCAAUAAGGAGUACGUGCUGAAGCUGGAGCCGCUCGCCUCGGACGACUCCGACAACUACAAGUGCAUUGCAGCCAACAGCCACGCGGACGCCAUCUACACCAUGUCCCUCCUGGUGACCGAAAGCCAGGAAAAGAUGGAUUUCAAGAAGAUGCUGAAGAAAAGGGCACCGCCGGCUCCCAAGAAGCCACAGAAGGUGACCGACGAGAAGGAGAUGCUGAAGAUCCUGUCCAAGGUGCAGAAGAAGGACUUCGAGAAGGUCUGCCUGGAAUACGGUUUCACCGACUUCCGCGGGCUGCUCAAGAAGCUCAAGGAGAUGAAGAAGAAAGUGGAGGUGGAGGCCAUCCGGAUCCUCAAGCCACUGGAAGACUUGGAGGUCAAGGUGGACAGCACUGCAGUGUUUGACUGCAUCCUGGAACUGAAGGACCCCAACAUUAAGAUGACUUGGUGCAAGGGCACGGAGCCCCUGAGGAUCCAGUACUCCCUGGGGAAAUACGACCUGAAGCAGAUGGGAACCAAGUACAUGUUAUACAUCACCAACGUGAACAUGAACGACAUCGGGACCUACUCCCUCUCCGUGGGCGACAAGAAGAUGUCGGCGCAGCUGACCGUCCUGGACGAGCCCCUGAAGUUCCUGGCGGAGCUGAAGCUGAAGGUGACGGAGCGACAGACGGCCGUGUUCGAGAUCCGCCUGUCCAAGAAGGUGCCCGACUUCGCGUGGAAGUUCAACGGGAAGGAGCUGAAGCGGGACGACAAGUAUGAGAUCGUGACCUCGGAGGACGGGCUGACCCACACCCUGAAGAUCAAGGACGCCCGCCUCAGCGACAUCGGCGACUUCUCCUUCGAGGCCGGCGGGCUGGUCCAGAAGGCCCAGCUGGUCAUCGAACGCAUCCCCAUCAAGUUCCUGAGCACCCUGAAGAACGUGCGGGUGAAGGAGAAGAGCCGGGCCUGCCUGGAGUGCGAGUUGACCUCCAAGGACGUGACGCUGCGCUGGAAGAAGGACGGCCGGCUGCUGGAGCGCUGCGCUAAAUACGGCAUGAGCCACGAGGGCAAGCGGGCCGAGCUCGUCAUCGACGACGCCCAGCUCAGUGACGGCGGAGAGUACACCGUGGUGGCCGUGCAGGACGGGGACCCCACAGAGUACUACAGCACCGCCACCGUCACCGUCGAAGAGCGGUUCGCCACGGUGAAGAGCGGGAUGUCGGACGUGCACGCGGCCACGGGGAGCCUGGCCGAGCUCUGCGUGGUGCUGAACGACGAGAAGGUGGACGGCGUCUGGCUCAAGGACGGCAAGGAGAUCACGGACAUGACGGGGAUCCAGAUCGUCAAGCAGGGGGCCGUGCACAAGGUCAUCUUCCCCAACAUGGGCCCCGAGCACGAGGGCAAGUACACCUUCCGGGCCAAGGGAGCCGAGAGCGAGGCCACCGUCUCCAUCGCAGACCCUCCCUUCGUCGACCCGUCGGUUCUGGAGGCGCUGGCCACCCACCCGGUGACGGUGAAGGUGGGUCAGACGGCCUACAUCAAGGUGCCCUUCCGGGGCAAGCCGCUGCCCAAGGUGACGUGGUACAAGGACGGGAUGGAGGUGACGGAGGAAGAGCGGGUGACCAUGGAGCGGACGCCGGACCAAGCCCUGCUGAUCAUCCGGGACUGCGUGCGCGAGGACAGCGGCGCCGUCCUGCUCAAGCUCAAGAACGACUUCGGCACCGCCACGGCCACCCUGCAUCUCAGCGUGCUCGACAAGCCGAAGCCGCCGCAGGGGAAGGUGGAGUUCCUGGAGCUGACGGGCCAGCGGGUGAACCUCAAGUGGAAGGCGCCCAAGGACAACGGGGGGAAGCCGGUGACCCAGUUCGUGAUCGAGCGCCGGGCGGCCGGGAAGAAGUCCUGGAUCAAGGUGGGAGAGGUGGAGGGAGGCCUCACCAACUUCGCCACCGACAAGGUGGAGGAGGGCAGGGCCUACCAGUUCCGCAUCCGCGCCGUCAACUCCGAGGGCGUCAGCGAGCCGCUGGAGAGCGACGAGGUGUUCGCCGGCGACCCCGUCGAGCCCCCCGGGCUGACGUCCCAGCCCCACGCGACCGACGUGACCAAGGACGCCAUCACCAUCACCUGGAACCCGCCCACGCACGACGGGGGCUCGCCGGUGAUCGGCUACUUCGUGGAACGGAGGAAGAAGGGGAGCAACCUCUGGGUGCCCUUCAACCGGGACCCCAUCCCGGACACCAAGUGCACGGUGACCGGUCUCCUGGAGGACACCGAGUAUGAGUUCCGCGUCAUCCCGGUGAACCGCGCGGGUCCCGGGCAACCCAGCAGCCCCUCCAACUCUGUCGUGGCCAAGGACCCCAUCAAGCCCCCGGGCCCGGUGCAGGGCCUGCACGUGUCCGACUCCUCCAACUCCAGCAUCUCCCUGGCCUGGCGGGAGCCCGCCGAGGGGGACCCGCCCUCGGGCUACAUCCUGGAGAUGCGGGCGGAGGACAGCAGGGACUGGUCCCGCUGCACCAAGAUCCCCAUCUCCGGCACCUGCUACACCGUGGGCGGCCUGACCGAGCGGCAGACGUACCUCUUCCGCAUCCGCGCCGUCAACGAGGCGGGCGUCGGGGAGCCCGUGGAGCUGGACGAGGGGGUCCGGGCCAUGCCCCCCCGGGUGAGAGCCGCCCCCAAGUUUGACCUCGGUGGCAGGCUAAGUAGUCACAUGGUGGUCCGGGCGGGCACUGCCCUGUGCAUCCACGCUUCCUUCACCGGCUCCCCCCCACCCGGCGUGGUCUGGAAGAAGAACGGGAUCCCCACCAAGGGCCGGGAGACCAUCACCAAGAGCAAGAACCACUCCCAGUUCCUCAUCAACAGCACCAAGCGGGGGGACUCGGGCGUCUACCGCAUCCAGCUGCAAAACGAGUUCGGGGAGGCGCACUACGACGUCCACGUGCGCGUGGCGGAUUUCCCGCGGCCGCCGACGGACCUGAGGCUCUUCGAGGAGGUGCCCAACACGGUGACGCUGAGCUGGGAGCACAGCCCGGACGUGCAGGAGGACGGCCAGGCGCAUUAUGUCAUCAUGAAGCGGGACGCCAGCACGGCCACCUGGUUCACGGCCGCCGAGCGGGUGUUCAGCAACAAGUACAACUCACCGGGCCUGCUGCCCGGACGCAGGUACUACUUCCGCGUGCUGGCCCGGAACGAGAUCGGGGACAGCGACCCGCUCGACUCCAAGGACACCUGGCUGGUCAACAAGGACGAGAUCGAGGACCUGAGCUCCAAGCUCCGGCCGUACGCGCAGAAGGACUGGCGCCGGGCCCCCCGCUUCAUCACGAAGCUCAAGUCGCACACGGUGCUGCGAGGCAACGACUGCACCAUGAGCUGCGCCUUCCUGGGGUCCCCGCGGCCCACCGUCACCCUCUACAAGGACAACGUCAAACAUCACCUGCCUGACACCAAGUUCUGGUACAACUCCAGCGGCGUCUGCACCCUGGUCAUCCCCACUGCACCCUCAAGGACAGCGGCACCUACAGCGUGGCUCAUCGAGAACGAGCUGGGCAAGGACAAGAGCAGCUGCGGGCCUGACGUCUACGACAAAGACGACAAAGCCAUCCUGGCGGCCGUGGCGGAGAGUCUGCAGCGGAAAUCCAAGCACCUCAUGUGAGCUCCGCCCCGCGCCGGAGGGGGAGACGCGCCCGGCGGCACCGGGAGACCUCCGGUCCCCAGGGGUUGGGGUCUCCUCUCGGCGCCCGCUCCUUGCUGAGCUCUUGAGGGCGGUCAUCGUCUCAACCGCUUCGUUGGUAGCGCUCGGUAGAGUUGCUCUGCACCCCCCCGGGUGCUCAAUAAAUGUUCUUGAUCCA